AUGCCUUGUUUUACUGCAUGUUCUGUUGCGGUAAUGAAUGAUCACAAGGGAAGCCGAGUGUGUUCCACUAAAGGUCUGUUAUACGCCUUCGCUGGUCUCUGUAUCGUCAUGUUUGCUAGUGUUUUUGUUUACUGGUAUCAUGUUAAUGAGCUUUUCAGUCUUUCCAUAAAACUCACAGACAAUGUUAAGGAGUUCUAUGAAAAAGACGCUAAAUCAUUUCUGGAAGUUCUCAAAAUGUCUGGAUUUGAUAACGAACAUAAUUCAUCUUGGAAAGCAUCAAAUGAAGGAAAAUUUAUUUCUAAGAACGCUGAUAAAACGACGUCGGUGCCAUCGAAACCACAGCAGUUGCCGACUAAAGCGAAACCAAAGCCAGCAGGGGAUCGUCCUGAUAAGUGUGAGACGUGUUUUAAACAUGACUUUAAUUACGUAUUAGACAAUGAGCAAAUCUGCGCAAGAAACGACAAAUCCCCCGAAAUAGACCUCGUCAUUUUGAUAUUUACAGUCCACAACAACAGACUCCAAAGAGAAACGAUUCGUAAAACAUGGCUGACAUAUGCUAAGAAUAACUCGGAGACUUCGAACAUUCGGUAUGCUUUUCUCCUUGGAGCUCCUGCUGAUUCAAAAAUGGAUAAAAUUGUGAAAGAGGAAUUUGACAUAUUUAGAGAUAUUCUUCAGGAGGAUUUUAUAGAUGCUUACUCGAAUUUAACUUACAAGACUAUGAUGGCCUACAAAUGGGCGAGCACCAAGUGCAAAGAAGCCAAAUUUGUGAUGAAAACUGAUGAUGAUAUGUAUGUUAAUAUCCCAAAUAUUCUUACAACAGCGAAAAGUCAUAAAGAAAAGUUACAGACUAAUGUUGGAGGGGCUUGUCAUCAAAUGGCUAAACCGAUCCGAGAUCAUCGCUCAAAAUGGUAUGCGUCAAAGAAAAGCUUUCCCGGAAGUACUUAUCCGGGAUUUUGUUCCGGUACCGGAUACGUUACUAGUAUGAACGUAGCUUCAAAAGUGUUUGAGGUAUCACAGCACGUGCCAUUUUUCCACUUGGAGGAUGUGUAUGUUGCUCUUUGUAUUAAAAAACUUGGAUAUAAAUUAUUAGCUAUUCCAGGAUUCAAUUCGGGGAAAGUUAAGCCAGAUCCCUGUACAUACCGUGGCAGCACCAUGAAAACCUCACAUUAUGUCUCUCCCGACCUGAUGGAGAAAAUGUGGUUCGGAAAGUGUGAAAAAAAGGGAUAA